AUGGCUUUGAUUUGGAUUGGGAAUAUCCGCUCGGAGUCGCCAAGGAUCACGCCAAACUUGUUGAGGUUUGCUGUGCCAACAACACUCUUGUCGUUCAAGCUUUUGCCAGUUAUUUUCACUGAUUGUUCGUUGAAAGCUUUCCAGGAACUGAAAAAUGGUUUUGUGGAUGAAGCUAAAAGAACCAAAAAAGAACAGCUGCUGCUCACUGCAGCAGUAGCCGCGGGAAAAGACAAAAUUGAUGGCGGCUACGACGUCCCGUCACUCGCAAAAAAUUUCGAUCUUUUGUUCCUGAUGUCUUAUGAUCUUCACGGAUCAUGGGACAGAAAUGUGGACAUGCAUGCGAAACUAUAUGCAACGAAAGGGGAAACUUCCGGCGUCGGCAUUUACAACACUCAAUAUGCGGCAAACUACUGGGCCCAGAAAGGGAUGCCGAAGAAUAAAAUAAUAAUAGGAAUUCCGACCUACGGUCAAGGAUGGACAUUGGCGAAUCCUUCGCAGACAGCAAUCGGAUCACCGGCUAUUAGAGCGAGUGCAGCAUCGUCGACAAAUCCAGAAGGCGGAACAGCUGCGUACUGGGAGGCCCGUGAUUCUAUCUGCGAUUAUAUAAAAAGUGGUGGCAAUGAAACUGUGAACAGAGAGGGCGUCGGUGCGUAUAUGGCCAAAGGAAACCAGUGGUAUGGAUAUGAUAAUCCAGAAACCGUCAGAAUUAAGGUAUGA